UCGGAACUCACGAUUUACUAUGCUUCCACUAUCAAACAAAUGUGUAGUCAAACAUGCUGAGAACAUGGCCUAGUCUGGCGCUCAUUGUUUUGACAAUAUCGGACAUAUUUGGAACAUGUUUUGGUAUUCCAUUUGGUAGGUUCUAUUUACCUAUAAGAGACGAAGGCGGUAAUGGGUUGAUUGACACUUACACGAUAGAACGUGUUGAAAACGCCUAUGAGCUACUAGGUCUGUUCAGUAAGAGGCUGUUUUUGGCGACAGAGCUCAUACGUUUAUCUGAGGAAAUAGACAAUGGGGUAGAGGCAACACUUCGAUUGUCGACUUUUGAUGACGAUGAUGACGACAAAGUUGACGAAGACGACGAUGGAACAUAUAAAGCACUAGAUGAUUACCAUCGUCAUACGUCAAAACAGUUUAUGGCUCAUUUAAGAUAUUUCCUAAGAAAAUCAAGUAAACAUGGUAUAAGUUUCAAUGAUACAGCUGACUUAUUAUCACACAUAUUUGCGUCACCAUGGUCAGUUGACGAUCACGGUAUGCCAUUAUGCUUAAGUGAUUGCAUAAUAAGAGCCAAAAAUCCGCAAACCUCUCCGCCUCCACCCUAUACCACGGUUCAUCCAAUAGUUCAAAUGAUAGGACAUCCUCCACGAGAAGAUCACCACAACCACCCAGAUCACAUGCAACAAGUGGAAAUAUUCUUUUAUUGCAGUAAUGCGUGUAAAAAUGCUUUACUGGGUCAUGGAAUGGACGCUUUUGGAAAAUAGUAAAGACAUGGGAGAAUGGAAAAACAUAUUGUAUAUAAAAAUAAUAAAUGCUGGC